UUUUGUUGAGAUUCUUGUGGUGUAGUUGGAGCAAAGGUUGAGCUGACACCAAAUGUACUCAUUGGCAUACACAGUAUGAAGUGGAUUCAAUUCACGGUAUUAUUGGCCUUUGUGCCACGGAUUUUGGCUCAGGACGCAAGUUUUUUGCAAUUGGUGGCUUCAUUGCCAACCUGCGGUGUAAGUAAUUUCUAUUUACCUCUGAUCGAAAGAUCGGCAGCUGAUCUACAAAAAUAGCUCCAAUGCCUCGUCACUUCAGUACAAGCUUCCAGCUGUUCCUUGACCAAUACAACAUGUGUGUGCACCAACGAACCAUUGCAAGCAGUCAUAGCUUCUUGUGUUGCAUCAAGUUGCACCAUCAAGGAAUCUCUCAGUACGGAUUUUGAUCUUCCACUCGUACAUAAAAACUGACUUGUUUCCAGCUGUCAAGAAUAUCACGGACGGUCUCUGCCAUGUUCCGCUCAAUGACAAAAGCGCCAGCUUUGAGAUCAUUGUUGUCACAAUGGGUGUCUUGACCGGAAUGAUGGUUGCUUUGCGAAUGUUCUCGGCUUAUAUACUGGGGAUAUCGUUAUACGCUGACGAUUACACCAUCCUGAUUACAUUUAUCUCCGGGAUCCCAUCGAGUGUCCUACUGGGGCACUUUUUACCAAAGAAUGGGAUUGGUCGAGACAUCUGGCAUGUCCCAUUCGAUCAGAUCACAGAGUUCGUCCAUAUCUUCUAUGCUGCAGAAGUUCUCUACUUCGCCCAAGUUUCCCUACUCAAAAUCGGACUUCUUCUUUUCUACCUCAGGAUAUUCUCUAAAUCCAAGAUUGGAAAGUACAUUCACGGAACAAUCGCUCUUAAUAUCAUCGUCGGUAUAACAUUCAUCAUUGCCGCGCUUUUUCAAUGCCAACCAAUCAACUACAAUUGGAAUCGAUGGGAUGGUGAACACAGUGGCAAAUGCGUAAACAUCAAUGCCGUCUCAUGGGCUAAUUCUGCUCUGAGCAUAUUGAUUGACGCUUGGAUGCUCGCAUUACCUAUGUCUCAAAUGGCCACUCUGCAAUUGCAUUGGAAAAAGAAGGUUGGUGUUGCCAUGAUGUUCAUGGUUGGAGCCUUGUAAGUUUCUUCUACCCCCGCCGUCUCCAAAUAAGAUCACUAAAAAAUAAACAGUGUCACAGUCAUCUCAAUUCUUCGUCUCCGAACCCUUGUCAUCUUCGGAAGCUCUCAAAACCCUACUUGGGAUAAUUACGAAGUCGGUGUCUGGUCCGAUCUUGAAAUCAAUGUUGGCAUUAUCUGCACCUGCAUGCCAUGCCUACGACUUCUUCUCGUACGGAUGUUCCCAAAAAUAUUCGGUGGAUCAGUGAACCGGAGCACCAACUACGCGAAAAACUAUGCUAGUAACAACGAUAGAAGUCAAUUCGGUACCAAAAAAUCAGGAGCUCGAAGGCAAGAUGAUGCGGAUGACGUGGAGAUUUUGCGAGAAAGUGUAGAGAUGGCAAGAAUAGGUCCACUCACCCCUACGAGUCAGAGAGACACAAAGACUGGGUUUAAAAUCCAGCAACAGGACGUAUAAUGGAUAAAGCUGGAGAAACAGUU